CUUUGCUGAAAUUUACGAGACUUCACUGGGUCUGAGCGGAGGGGCGUCUCAGCCAACUGGAGAGUUCAAUCAUGGUUGCACCAGAAGUGUUGCGUGCCUUGCGCAAAAACAAGACCCUGAGCUACGGAGUCCCGAUGUUGUUGCUGGUUGUUGGAGGUUCUUUUGGUCUUCGUGAAUUUUCACAAAUCCGAUAUGAUGCUGCGAAGAUUAAAAUUGAUCCUGAAUUGGAAAAAAAACUGAAAAUGAAUAAAGUGUCUUUAGAGUCAGAGUAUGAGAAAAUAAAGGACUCUACUUUUGAAGACUGGAAGAAUAUCCGAGGUCCGAGACCUUGGGAAGAUCCUGAUCUACUCCAAGGACAAAAUUCAGAAACCCUUAAGACUAAGACAACAUGACUGUUCUCUUUUGUUUGUUUGUUUGUUUAAAUAUUAUCAACUGGAUACACUUCUGAUCCAGUGGGAAAAAAGUUCCAUACCUGCAGAAACCUGGAAAUAAGUAAUCUUAUGGCAAUAAUCUUGAUUAAAAAGUCAAGUACAGAUCUUUAUACUUUGCAACUAAUCCAUUUGCAAAUGAAGGUAUCAGUGGUGAGCACAUCUAUAUACCUUUCAAUAAAAAUGUGAAUAUUGUUACCAAA